AUGGGUGGGAAGAUCUCCCACACCAAGCUUUCUGAGGACGAUGAGUGGAGCUUUCAGCAGGAGAGGCUAUACAAGGUGCACCGGGGCCACGAAUCUAUGCACGUGGAGAUGAUCUUGAUCUUCCUCUGCGCUCUGGUCGUUGCACAGGUAGUGCUGGUGCAGUGGAGACAGAGGCAUGGCCGAUCCUACAACCUGGUGACCCUGUUGCAGAUGUGGGUUGUCCCUUUGUAUUUCACUAUAAAACUUUACUGGUGGCGGUUUCUGUCUAUGUGGGGAAUAUUCUCUGUUAUUACCAGUUACAUCCUCUUCAGAGCUACCCGAAAACCCCUUUCAGGGAGAACACCACGAUUGGUCUACAAAUGGUUCCUUUUAAUCUACAAACUCAGUUAUGCAUUUGGUGUGGUGGGGUAUUUGGCUAUCAUGUUUACAAUGUGUGGAUUCAAUUUAUUUUUCAAGAUCAAAGCUAGAGAUUCCAUGGAUUUUGGCAUUGUAUCCUUGUUCUAUGGCCUCUACUACGGAAUCAUGGGGAGAGACUUUGCUGAGAUCUGCUCAGAUUACAUGGCUUCCACUAUAGGGUUCUACAGCAUCAGCGGGAUGCCAACGAGGAGCUUGUCACACAAUAUCUGUGCUGUCUGUGGGCAGAAGAUCAUUGUGGACCUAGAUGAAGAAGGACUCAUUGAAAGUACCUACCAGCUUUCCUGUAAUCAUGUGUUUCAUGAAUUCUGCAUCCGAGGUUGGUGUAUUGUUGGUAAAAAGCAGACUUGCCCAUACUGCAAAGAGAAAGUUGAUUUGAAGAGGAUGAUCAGUAACCCCUGGGAGCGCACACAUUUUUUGUAUGGGCAAAUCCUGGAUUGGCUUCGUUAUUUGGUGGCCUGGCAACCUGUGGUGAUAGGAAUCGUUCAAGGCAUUAACUAUUCACUAGGGCUGGAAUAG